AUGCAUUACGGUACCAAAUUGCUCAGGGAGUUUCGGACUGCAGUGCAGCAGCUGCAGGGUCAGAUGCACCUGGAGAGCAGCAGCAGGACUGCAUCAAGUAGACGGCUGCGAGCUUGUCUGGUAGAUUCCAUUUAUUUCUUGCCCGCACUAACAGCAGCCACUGCAACCCACUGCCUUCUCCUUGCUGCCCACGCUUACCCAAUCCAACAGCAGAAGCCUCCGCGGGACGGAGAGUGUCAGCAGGAACAACCAGGAAACUCAGAGGAUUUGCUGCAACUCCAGCAAAAGACGACGCUACAGCUCAUCGAGUUACUUUUUGCCGCUGCUGUAACCCGCUUUAGCGCUCGCUGUUUGAGGAGCUUUCUGGCUGCCGAUUUGUCGGUGCUGCUGCAUGCUCUGUUGCUGGCUCGCCGCAACGGAGUUGCUGCUGCUGCAGCGCCAGCAGCGAACGAAUUGGUGGACAGGACGGCAACAGAGGUACAGUGGAAAGCAACAGCUGCAACGCUGCGAGAAGUCUCCGCUAUUCUCGUGUCCCUUGCUGCACUGGGUCAUCGGACUUCUGCGGUGUACAUCCACCUCACAUAUCGCUUGACACAGCUCAUCCUGGAUUCAGAUGAAGAGCAAGAAGAACACAUGCAGCAGGAACAAAAAAAACUGGAGGAAGAACAAAUGCAGCAGCGCGAAGUCUUGCACCGGGCCGAACAAUUUGCUGCAGCCGGCAAGGCCCUUGCGGCUGUAGAACACUUAGACCUUCCGGCUGCUAGGGUGAUUCUGUUUGCUGCGCUUGCUGCUGCUGAUGCUGGACCCCCCGCUGAUGUCAGUACCCCGUUACAGCAGAAUUGUAAGCGACCCCAGCCCGCCUUCCUGCGUGCUCAGGCUGUUUCUGACACUGCUUUCUUUGUUUCAUCAUACCUCCGCCUGCAGCAGCAAUAUCAGCGGGAACACGAGAGCAAGCACUCCGAUGAAGGUUCUCGGACUCCCCCUGAAGAUGCAGCCUCUCCAACUGCAGGAGCAGAAGCAGCAGCAGGACAGCCCCCCGCCUUUUUGACAGCUGCAGAAGCAGCAUUAGUUGCAAGAGCUCUGCUACCGCAUGCAGCAGCCGCUGCCGCUGCCGGGGACAUGCGAGGGGACCAGCUCUGUACGACGCUGCGGUACUUCUCCACAGUAAACUGCGCGUCUUUCGGCGCAGCCGUGCAGCAGCAGCGGCUUUUGCUUUGCGCCCGUUUGCUACAUCAGCUGCUAGCGAAAGGACCCUGCAGCCUCCCGCAGCACUCCCUUGCCUCUUCCCUGCAGGCACUUCGAUCUCUUACCCCGCUGCUCUUGGAACGACAGCACGUUGUGGCAGGCCUAAAGCCUAAGGCUUUCGUGCUGCUGUUGUGUGUCACUGCGGACUGCGCGGCAGUACCCGCAGUCGCAGAAGGCCACUGCGGAGAUGGGGAACUGACUGAAGGCGAGCAUGAAGAGCACACUUUCACGUCUACUAAAACAGCAGACGCAGCAGCGGGGGAGCUCUCUUUGUUGCUGCAGCUUCUGCAAGCGCUCCAGCGCGCCCCCCUGCUGCAGCAGAUGGCGCAUGCGGCCCCUCAGGUGCGGCGGCAGCAGCUGCAACUGCUCGAGGAGACACUGCAACAAGCUGCCGCAGCGUUUGGGAUUUGUGCUGCUGCAGGGGAGCCUCGUUGCACCCAACAGCAGCACCAGCAACAGGCCGACGCAGCUCAAGAGGUACUGCUACAAUUGCGGCAGACACUUCACCGAGCGUGCACGCGGCUCUCCUGGCAGCAGCAAGAUCCCCGGCAGCCGCACCGAAAACUUCAAUUGAAACAGCAGACAGUUUCGUGUCUUUAG